AUGUAUGAUUGUAUUAUCCCUGCUGUACCAAGUGUGAGCUGGAGCAGUCUAAUUCAACACAAUCAAGCGAGGCCUAGAUCUGUGGUGUGUUUAUGGCUGGCUUGCCAAGAUCACUUGGCUACUAAAGUGAGAUUAAAAAGACUUGGUCUUAUGCAAAGUGAGCAAUGUAGCUUUUGUAAUGAGGCCCCUGAAGAUUUCAAUCAUCUCUUGAUUGAUUGCAGAAUCUGCUCUGUUAUUUGGAAGGACAUCCUUCAAUGGUUGCAUAUCAGGCAUACACCACUCAACUGGAUGGAGGAAAUCAAGUGGUUAACUAGCCAUACUUGUGGGAAAGGCUUCAAGCAGAAUAUGUUGAAACUCUCGAUUGCUGAAGCUGUUUAUGCUUUGUGGAUAUAUAGAAAUACUAAUAUUUUUGAUAGGAACAAUGUUGAUGAUACAAAUAGUGUUGUUAGGAAAAAGAUUGCUAUGAUUGUACAAAGAGGGUGGAUGAAACCCAAGCAUAGGAGUAAGCUAGCUUUGCUCAUGCUAUAG